AUGACUCCCAAGAAUCGCGUCAUCAUUGAUUCCGAUCCUGGUAUCGACGAUGUCCUGGCCAUGCUCUUGGCCCUUUCGGCCUCUCCCGAAGAGCUCGAGGUCAUGAUGAUCUCUGUGACAUACGGCAACGUGCCAUUGCAGAGCUGUCUACGCAACGUCGUUGCUCUCUUCCACGUUUUGGAGAAGGAGAUUGCAUGGCGCAAGGAGAACGGCAAGCCCGAGGGCUUUGAGGCGCUGAAGGCCUACAAGCCCAUCGUGGCCGUUGGUGCCGAGCACCCCUUGGAAGACGACCAGCUGGCCGCCGACUACUUCCACGGAAUUGACGGCCUCCACGGCGUCCACGAGCAGCACCCUCACCUGACCCCGGAUGAUAGAUGGAAAUCACUCUUUCACACCGAGAAGAACCUUGAUCAUGACCCGUCUCCCUUCUCCAAGUACUUCACCCCAGCCAAGCAGGUCGCUCACAAGGAGAUUCUCCGCAUCCUCAAGGAAAACCCCCCCAACACGAUUUCCAUCUGCGUUGUUGGCCCGAUGACCAACGUCGCUCUCGCUGCCGCCGAAGACCCCGAGACUUUCCUCCGUGUCAAGGAGCUUUGCGUCAUGGGUGGUGCCGUCCAUGUCGAGGGAAACAUCACCCCAGUCGGUGAAUUCAACACCUACGCCGACACCGUGGCGGCUGCCAGAGUCUUCGCUUUGACUUCCCCGACACCCCGUUCGACGAUGCCACCCAUCUCGGACAAGCAGUCGUCCCUUCCCCCUUACCCGGCUAAGCUGUCCAAGAGGCUCAAGCUGACGCUGUUCCCCCUCGACAUCACUUCGCCUCACCUGCUCAUGAAGAACUUCUUCACGGAGCGCAUUGCGCCCAUCGUGAAGGCCGGAAGCCCCCUCGGCCAAUGGGUCAACCACUUCAUGUCCAAGACCUUUGAGAAGGUCGAGUCCAUGGAGGGCAACGGAGAGGAGCCCGGGCUCUCUCUGCACGACCCCCUGACCGUCUGGUAUCUACUGACCCAGUCCGACCCCAAGUGGAAGCCCGUCGCGGAGCCGGAGGAUAUCCGUAUCGAGACAUCUGGCCAGUGGACACGCGGAAUGCACGUCAUCGACCGCAGAAUCCGUGCCAAGUACACCGAGGCAGCCCUCGAAACCAACGAGUCCAACGAUGGCGUCGACGUCCUGACACUGGCCGAGGUUCCUGGCGACAAUGGCGGCUGGCUCAGCACCGGCAGGGGUAACAGAAUCAACAGGAUGCUCGAGUCUCCUGGUGAGGAGCUGUUUGCGCCGGAUCUCAUGAACAGGGUCUUUGGUUAA